CUCUCUCUCUCUCUCUCUCUCUCUCUCUCUUUUCAUCUAAGCUUUCAAAAGCUCUCCUACCACUUUUGCAAGGCUACAUUUUUUUUUCUUUUUCUAUCUCUAAAACCAACCAAAUACUCACAAAAAGCCUAAUCGUAAAAACCAAAUCAGAAAAAUCUCUAUUCUUGUGAGAUAUUUGAGAGAGAGAGAGAGUGUGGAAAACUAGCGAAAAAAUCUCUCUUUUGAGAGAGAGAAGUAGUAGUAGUAGAAGAACUGGAGGAGAAGGAGGAGGAAAAAAGAAAAGGCAAAGGGCAUUUUCAUUAAUGGGCUGCUCUGCUUCGAAAAACAGUGUCAUUCUCACCAAAAAACCAGAAAAAGGGUCAUCAUCGUUAUCAAAUCCUUCUGUUUCAGCCUCGGAGUCCUCCAUUUCUUCCUCUCCAGUCCCUAGAGCUCUCUCUCUGCCUACUCCUUUGGUUCACCACCCUGCCACCAGAAAAGGCGACACUCACCACUUGGUCUCUCUCACCUCCACUACCUAUGGCUACGGUUUCCUCCUUGACCGUGCUACACCCGGAAACCCGACCCUGAAACUGAACGAUACUCUUCGUAAGAAGCCUAAAACGGCGUCGCUCAAUGCCCAGAAGAGAGCCUCGGCUACGGUUACGGAACACGACGAAGAGCUAUCGAUCCCUCUGUCACCUGACUCCGUCAUCAACACAUGGGAACUCAUGCACGGCCUCGACGAUGACUCCGCUUUCAACUCCGCCAGUCUCGACCGUCCGAUUAAAUUCCAGACCAAACCCAGUUCGUGUCGGUACACCAACUUUGAUGGGUCGGCGAAGAAACGGGUCAACUCGUUCGAGUCAUCGAGAUAUUCCGAAACGACGACGACUUCUUCUUCUUCGUCCUCCUCGUCUUCCAUAACCAAACCCCUUUGGCAGCACUUAUCUGAGGAAAAUCUCUUAUCGAAUAUGGAUCCCAAUGUGGGAUUAACAUAUAGAAGAGCCUUAUCUUCACGGCAAUUGGGGUACAAUUACAAACACUCCAAAACCAGAUCACUCGGUUCGAGUCCCUUCUCUUCAUUUUCUUCUUCUUCAAACACUUGGUUCAAAAUACCAAGAGCAGAGGACAAAAUCGUAAUUUACUUUACAAGCUUGAGAGGCAUAAGGAAGACUUAUGAGGAUUGUUGCUCUGUACGGAUGAUAUUCAGAGGCUUCAGAGUCCCAGUCGACGAAAGAGACAUAUCCAUGGAUUCAGAGCUCAAAAACGAGCUUCAGAAAGCUCUAGGAGGAAAAGCGUUGACUUUGCCUCAAGUUUUCGUAAGGGGAAAGUACAUUGGAGGGUCAGAUGAGAUCAAACAACUCCAUGAAGUUGGAGAAUUGGCUCAGCUCUUAAAUGGGUUCCCGAUAUUGGAUCACGGGAUGGUCUGCAAUGGCUGCGGUGGCGUAAGGUUUCUGCCAUGCCCGAGCUGUAAUGGCAGCCGGAAAGUAUUUGAAGAAGACCAAGGAGAGUUGAGAAGAUGCUCUGAUUGUAACGAGAAUGGCUUGAUAAGAUGCCCUGGUUGUUGCUCAUGAAUGUGUCACUAAAAUUUCUCCAUUAAUUGAGAUUUUUAUUUUGAGGUAAUUUGGAAUUUUUGUUUAUAUAUAUUUCAAAAUAUGCAAUAAAUUUUAAUUCUAUUAUUUUCAUUCUCAAAAGAAAUCGAUUCAUGUCGUAGAUAUUGAUAUUGUAUUGACACUUUGCACUUUUAUAAUAUUGGUAGCCAAUAUAGUGA